GCAUAAUGAUUCAUCUGUGAUCUGUCAUCAGCCAUUCAGUCAAUUUCAGUCCAAGAUAACACUUGGCGCUGGUUAGGUACUGUUGCUGGAUUAAUCAUCAACAUUGUUUACGUGUUCCAAUAAUUAGUGACCUUGUGCGAAUAAAUGUAUUUAAACACGAUACGGAAUUAAUUAUUAUAAUAAUGGUGAAAAUAUUGUUCCUUCACCCAGAUUUGGGUAUCGGCGGAGCAGAAAGAUUGGUUUUAGAUGCUGCAUUAGCGUUUAAAAAGAAGGGCCAUGAAGUCGCAUUUUACACUAACCAUCACGAUCCGACGCAUUGUUUUGCCGAGACACGUGAUGGCACGUUUCCAGUGACUGUCGUCGGCGACUGGAUUCCACGAUCUAUCUUUGGAAGGUUCAAGGCAGCUUGUGCCUAUGUCCGUAUGGUUUACGCAGCGGUAUACCUCGCCUGGUACAUAAUCCCGGCAGAAGAGCCUACACUAGUGUUCUGUGACUUGAUUUCCCUAUGCAUACCGUUUAUAAAAAUGGCUCGAGGACCAUUUAGAGUUGUUUUCUAUUGUCACCAUCCAGAUAAGUUGUUGACAUCUGAAGGUGGGUUUUUGAAGAAGUUAUACAGAGCACCAUUGAACUGGCUGGAGGAGCUGACUACUGCAAGGGCAGAUAAGGUGUUAGUAAACAGUAAAUACACUGCAAGGGUAUAUCAGGAUGCUUUUCAGAGCAUAAAAGAUGUCCCUGAUAUAUGUUACCCAUCUAUAAAUACUGAAUUCUUUAGAACAACAACCCCAAUGCCUUUGAAGGAAAUAGUUCCUGUCGGUAUGGAUAAGUUUAUAUUUCUAUCAAUUAAUAGAUAUGAGAGGAAGAAGAAUUUGCAACUUGCACUCAGGGCUUUUGAUCAACUCAGGCAUAUUUUGGAUGAAUCCAAUUGGAAUAAAGUACAUUUAAUUAUGGCAGGUGGUUUCGAUCCUAUUAAUUUGGAAAACAUGGAGCAUUACAUAGAGCUGACAGACUUGGCUGCAGAGUUGGAUAUUGAAGACAAAGUUACAUUUAUGAAAUCACCAAAAGAUGUUGAGAAAGUGUCACUCUUGUACAAUUGCAAGGCACUUGUGUACACUCCCUCUAAUGAGCAUUUUGGUAUUGUGCCUUUAGAAGCGAUGUACUACAAGAAGCCAGUAAUAGCUGUGAACAGUGGGGGACCCACAGAGACCAUAGUCCAUGAUGUAACAGGGUACCUGUGUGACCCAACUAGUGAAUCAUUUGCAGAUGCUAUGAGUAAGCUGAUUCUCAAUCCAGAAUUGGGAGAUAGGUUAGGAGAAGCGGGACUGAAGAGGUUCGAAACAAAGUUUUCCUUUGAUGCAUUUACAGAGCAACUGGACGGUAUACUGACAAGAGAGAGGCAAAUAGUUUCUGAACAUAGGGCAAUUGAGUAUGAGCAGAAAAAGAAGAAAUAACAGAGCGCUGACACUCCAACAAUAUAUGAUAUUGUUUGAGUGUACCCCACUAAAGUAAUGUGCCUAAGAUUUGUAAGAUCUGUGACAUCAUCACUUAUAUGGUAGUAUCCUUGAUAUAAAACAUUAAAUCUGAAUUUUAAAAAUAUUAAAGUAUUGCUUCCAUGAUUCAGUAUUGGAAAUAUCUGAAUGCAGUAAAAAUGUGCUUAUCCUAUUCUUGUUAUGAAGUAAUUUCAAUAGCUUAGUCAAAAUGUAUGAAAGUACCUAUUUAAUGGCUUUGCUAUUUGCCAAAAAUAAUUAACUACCAUAUAAUUAAGGAUCUGUAAACUAUAGGUACUUAGUUUGUGAAAAAAAAAAACAAAUUGCAAAUUUUUAUUUGCAGCAAUUGCACUUUUUCUUAUGUAAAUUAUAAAACUUCUACAUUCUUAAGACAUUUUACACACAAAAGUUUUAUGAAGGCGGGAAUAGCGCGGUCUGUAUAUAGUAACUCGUCAGAAACUGCUAAAACGCUUGUGUGUGAGAGCUCUAAUUAUUAAUUAAUAUUUCUGAAAAUAAACAUAAUAUAUGUAACAAUAUAGUUUUUACGAAAUGUUACGAUUUUUUCGUCUAAUCUGUUAAGACACAAAAGAGACAUUAGAUAGAAAUUGUCGUAACAAUACCAAAACUAUUUCGUUACAUACCUUUUUUUAGGAAAUACACUAAUAGCAUUUCUGUACAUACUAAUUAAAUUUGAAUAACAUUAAUAAUUUGUUGUGUGAUAUUUUUCAAAGUAUGGUAUAGUGUAGAAUGUUAAAACAAAUAGAUGUUUGAAGAUAUUAAUAGUAAUUUUGUAUUCAUUGACUUCUAAAGAUAAAUUAAUAAAGGAAUUUGAGACGAUAAGAACUGCUAUUAAUGUGAGAAUGGAAUAAAAAAUUGAUAAAUUGAAGUUGGUGUGCACUUGCUACUUGAUUAAGUAUAUCACAAUUAAAUAUUUAAUGCGAAAAUCCUAUUGUUAUUUGAUGUCUCCUUUAUUUACCUUGAUGAGAUUGGUUAUAUAUAAUAAGGAUGUAAAAUAUCAUUUUUCAUCCUUAUUAAGACUAGCAUUAAUAGAAACAAACAAAUGCAUUUUGCACCAAAGUUACAUAUAAUUUUAUUAUUAUUAAGAUGAGUUCUUCUCCAGAGGAAUUGUAACUAAAACACACACAAAUAGCUUAUAUUGUUUUUACUUUUGUCCUUGAGUGCAGUCUUGCAUUUUCAGAGGUUUUAAUGAUGUUAAUCAUUUAUAUGCUACUCAACGCAUUUUGUAACGACCAAAUACUGGAAUAUCUGAUGGUUGGAAUAUCUGACCAUAAUAUGUAGGAUACUAAGUUGGGAGCGAAAUGUUGAGCAACCCUUUGGGUUUUGAAUUAGCAUUAAAAUUUUUAAUAUUGUUAUCUCGAGGUAUUUAGAAAAUAACAUAUGUUUUCAUCUUUUCAGCAAACUAGUCGUAAUAAUAUGCUAGAUAUAACAUUGUAUGUAAUAGAAUUAAAAACAUCUUUGAUAAAUUUAGGGCUUUCUUAUGUGGAAUUUUUGCACAUAAUGUUUUAGUUGGUUAUAUUUGUUACUUAAAUGCCUAACUAAAGUGAUAUAAGUUUGUAAAUGUUGUGAAUAUAAUAAAUAUAAGUAUAUUAAA